CCCUGGACAGGACGCAACAUGAAGCGUCCCCUGACUGCUGGCUCUGUCCACAGCCCUGCCUGGACCAGACUGCUUCUAACAGGCACCCUACUUGCAUCCUGCAUCUGCUCUGCCUCCUCCGAGCUGCCCUCCUCUGUGCCUCUGGACUUCUUGCACGAAGGAGCCAGUCCUCACCUUGCUGUCCCCAGCAAACUUGAUGGCAUUCUCUCCACUUCUUGGUUCCGAGAGCAUGAGGCCCAGCCAGAAGCCAUGGUCUCUCCUAAGGGCCUCCCAGGGCCUGAUCACACUGGCCGGGAGAUGCUGGGUGCCCAAGGCAGCCUGGUCGCCAGAAAUGUGACAGCUCAAGACUCGGGUAGCUACACUGUGGUGCUGGAAAACAGCAGGAGACACAGGAGUGUGACAGAGCAUAAACAUGUCAAGGCCAACAUCAGGGCAGUGUGGGUCACGGCAUACCCGACGGCUACCCAGGGCGUCAUCCAGAGUGAACUCAACUACUCGGUGGUCCUGCAGUGUCUGGCCCCGAUCUCCCCCACACCUGUGCUGUACUGGAUCUUCAACGGGAAACCCCGUGGGACCGGGGAGAAGCUGAUCAUUCGGCGGUUGUCCAGGGAGGACUUGGGCACUUAUAUGUGUGUGGCCAAGAGCAGCGAGAAUCAGGAGUCCUCCAACUCUGUGGCCAUUUCACUGCCAGAAACCAACGUGGAUUCCACAGAUGAGUUCAUGGAGCCGGACCCCAGUCUCAUUGUGUCAGGAGGAUCUGCCAUCGCCCUCCUCCUGGUUGGAAGUGUGGGGUUGGUGAUACUGGUGGGAGGCAUUUGCUUCUCCGUCACCCAGGCCCAAAGGACUGACAGACGAAGAAUACGAACAUGCUGCUGAAGUGUCAGUACCUGCCUGUCAGCCCGAGAGAUGGCUGCUCAAUGCUUCUCCAUCCACAUGGAGAAAGAUACCAUCCCAUAGCUUCUGCAUCUGUAAUACUGCUGUUUAAAGGAAC